AUCACAAAUUCUUUACCGUCGGGGGCGAGGCCGCUGCGCGAUUUUGGAGGGCCUUGUCUUCUCAACGACUUACACUCUUUUUUAGGCGAAUUUUUACAGUGAAUUAAUCAAUCAUGGAUGAAGAAUACGACGCUAUUGUGUUGGGAACUGGACUCAAGGAAUGUAUCCUCUCCGGACUGCUGUCUGUCUCUGGCAAGAAGGUACUGCACAUUGACCGUAACAAGUACUAUGGCGCCGAAUCGGCGUCCAUCACUCCUCUCGAGGAGAUGUUUGAGAAGUUUGGCCUGCCCAAGCCAGACGAGUCUUACGGCCGCGGCAGGGACUGGAACGUCGAUCUGAUCCCAAAGUUCCUGAUGGCCAACGGACAGCUGGUGAAGCUGCUCAUCCACACCGGCGUCACCCGCUACCUCGAGUUCAAGAGCGUCGAGGGCAGCUACGUCUUCAAGGGCGGCAAAAUCUCCAAGGUUCCGGCCGACGAGCGCGAGGCGCUCAGCUCCGACCUGAUGGGCCUCUUCGAGAAGCGCCGCUUCCGAAACCUGCUGGCCUACAUCCAGGACUUCAAGGAGGACGACCCCACCACCUGGAAGGGCCUCGACCCCAAGGCCACGCCCAUGAGCGCGCUCUUCGAGAAGUUCGGCGUGGACAAGAACACGAUCGACGUCACCGGACACGCUCUGGCGCUCCACAGGGAUGACGAGUACAUCGCCCAGCCAAUGGGCACCACCAUCGCCCGGAUCAAGCUAUACAGCGAGUCUCUGGCGCGCUACGGCAAGUCGCCCUUCCUGUACCCCAUGUACGGACUCGGCGAGCUGCCCCAGGGCUUUGCCAGGCUGGCCGCCAUCUACGGCGGCACCUACAUGCUUGACAAGCCCGUGGACGAGAUUGUGGUGGAGAACGGCCGCGCCGUCGGCGUGCGCUCCGGCACCGAGGUGGCCAAGUGCAAACAGGUGUACUGCGACCCGACCUACGUGCCCGACCGGGUCACCAAGUCGGGCCGGGUGGUGCGCUGCAUCUGCCUGCUGGACCACCCGAUCCCCAACACCAAGGACGCGCUCUCCACGCAGAUCAUCAUCCCGCAGAAACAGGUCGGCAGGAACUCUGACAUCUACAUUUCGCUGGUAUCGUACACGCACCAGGUGGCCGCCAAGGGCUGGUUCGUGGCCAUGGUGUCUACCACUGUGGAGACGGACAACCCCGAGGCAGAGAUCAAGCCGGGACUCGAGCUGCUCGGGCCCAUCAAACAAAAGUUCCUGACGGUGAACGAUCACUUCGUGCCCAACGAGGACGGCACAGAGUCGCAGGUGUUCAUCUCCAGCUCGUACGACGCCACCAGCCACUUCGAGACCACCUGUCUGGACGUGUUGGACAUCUUCCGGCGCGGCUUCGGCUGCGACUUCGACUUUUCCAAGGUGACGCACACGCUGGAGGACGACCAGUAGCGGCCGCCGCGCGGGCGCGCAGCGCUGCACCAUUCCAGCCCGUGUGGCCGGGCUGUCAGCGCGGCUGAUCUGAGCGGCGCCGGGCACCGGGCGCGGCCGGCCGGCCGGCAGCGGCCGCCGCGCCCCGCCGGCGCCGGCGCCGCACCGCUCCGGGCACGGCCCUCGUCUGUCAGCUUCGUUGGCGCACCGCAGAUCAGCUAAGACCAAUGAAUUAUUUCUGUCGCUGGAAUCAUCGGUGGACGCUUGUGAUUUUUUUUUAUUUGAAGUCAGCCGCGCGCGCCACGCUGUGUAUCGAUAUUACGCGUGCAUAGGCUACUAUCUGGGUGUUUGGGGUGCAACAUAUCGUACCGGUCUGGCGCUAAAGUCACGUUGCUUCCCUUAUGAUUUGAGGGCCCUUAUAUUGGCAUUCCAAUAAAAGGAUAUGGUAAGA